CAUACACUCUCCCACACACACCCUACCCUCCCUCACUCACCCACAAAGUCCAGGAGCCGCCCUGGAUCUGCAUCCCUAUAAGAGGUCAGAGCUGGGCUCAUAGGUGCCAUCCUCGUCUGGACAACUCUAACGGUUUCCUCUCUGGGUUCAUCUCAUCUCUGCAUCCAUCCACCAUGUCUGUUCGCAUUACGUCCACCAAAGGACCCAAGACCGUGACUUCUAAGUCUAUUAUCACCAAGAGUCGUGGUGGUUCCACGGUCUUUCCGCAGAAAGCCUACAGCGUGUAUGGAGGAAGUUUGGGUGGAGGCACCCGCGUCUCUUCCUCCUCCCUUCAGUCCAGAAUCGGAGGAUACGGCGGAGGAUAUGGUUUUGGUGGAGGGCACGGUGGAGGUUUUGGUGGCGGAUACGGUGGAGCUUUUGGUGGAGGAUAUGGAGCAGGCAUAAUGCCUGGAGGCUGCGUUGUAAAUGACUUCCAGCUGAAUGAGAAGGCCACCAUGCAGAACCUGAACGACCGUCUGGCGACCUACCUGGAGAAGGUGCGCUCGCUGGAGGCUGCCAAUGCCAUCCUGGAGAGGCAGAUCCGCGAAUACUAUGAGAAGAAAGGGCCGAUCGCACAGAGGGACUACAGCCCCUACUGGAACACCAUCAAGGACCUAAAAGACAAGAUUAAGAACGCUACCAUCAACAACGCCAACAUCCUCCUGCAGAUCGACAACUCUAAACUGGCUGCCGAUGACUUCAGAAUCAAAUAUGAGCAUGAGGUGGUGAUGCGUCAGUGUGUGGAGGCCGACAUCGCCAACCUGCGCCGCUUGCUGGACCAGACAAACCUGGCAAGGGCCGACCUGGAGAUGCAGAUCAAGGGUCUGGAGGAAGAGCUAGCAUUCAUGAAGAAGAACCACCAGGAGGAGCUGGCUGCACUGAGGUCACAGCUGACAGGCACAGUGAACGUAGAGGUUGAUGCUGCUCCUCAGCAAGAUCUGACCAAGGUUAUGGAAGAGAUUCGUAAUCAUUACGAGAACAUCAUCCAGAAACACCGCAGGGAACAGGAGGCCUGGUUCAAAGACAAGACUGCAGGGUUGAACAAAGAGGUGGCCAUCAACACAGAGACCAUACAAACGUCCAGAUCACAGGUCACAGAGCUGAGAAACACCUUGCAGAGUCUGGAGAUCGAGCUGCAGUCUCAACUCAGCAUGAAAGCGGCACUGGAGAACUCGCUGGUAGAAACAGAGGCUAGAUACAGCGCUAUGCUAGCAGGCUACCAGAACCAAAUCAACAUGCUGGAAGCCGAGCUUUGUCAAGUGCGGGCUAGCAUUGAGCAACAGGGACGCGACUACGCCUUACUGCUGGACAUCAAGAGCCGCCUGGAGAAGGAGAUCGCCACCUAUAGAAGCCUCCUGGAAAAUCAGGACAUCAAAACCCAAAUUCCAGGAUCAACUAUCAUGAUCUCAGGUGGAUCUCACUCCUCAGGAGGAUCUCACAUCGUCACAUCUGGUGGAUCUCAGUCCUCUGGUGGUUCUCACACCAUCACAACUGGUGGACCAACAAUCCAAAUCAAGCAAACCACCACCACUUCACACCGUACUUACUAAAGUCACAGCGUGCCGCUUCGUGAGACAGUGUUCAAACACGUGCAGGCAUUUCAUAUUAACUGAGUCUUAAUACAGUUUGUGUGACAUGACAAAAAACAUUGAAAGAAACUUACUGUUAUGUUGCUGUAUGUGAGUCUCUUAAAAUAAAAUGGCUGUCAAUAAA